CAACCAAUAAUCAUCAUGUUAUCAAGAAAUUAUUUUGCUACUUUAGUCAUUUUUAUUUUAAUAUUGUUGACAAUUUUUCAUUGUCAUUUUGUUCAUGCAAAGUCAUCAUCAUCAUGUAAGAAUGGUAAUAUUUGCAUCCAUGGUGAUUGUAUCGAUAAUGAUAAUGGAAUAAAGAAUGGUGACAGUUAUUGUAAAUGUAUGCCAUGUUGGCAUGGAUCACAUUGCGAUCAAUUUGAUGAUUUACAUGAGCCAUAUUUUUCGGAAAAAAUAAUCAAUCUUUAUUUGAAAAAAGAAACGAUCCAUCAUCAUAGACCAAUAUUUAAGGCUCAUGCAUAUGAUGAUGAUAUUCAUAAUGAUGAUUGUGUUGGUUUAAAUAUUGAAAAUUGUACUUGUGCACAGAUUCAAUAUGAAAUCAUUGAACAGGAUGAACAAGAAAUAUUUCGAAUCAAUUCAACAACUGGUGAAAUUUUCAUCAAUAAACCAAAAUUAAUUGACAAUAAACCAUUGGAUCAUUAUUAUCAACAACAACAACAUUACAAAUUGAUGAUCAUAGCAAUGAAUCCAAAUUGGAAUGAAUUGAAAACCAUUGGGGAUUAUUAUUAUCGAAAUAAAAAUUCAUCUCGAACGUUGACAAUAUUUGUUAAUAUUCAAAAUCAAUUGGACCGUAUCAAACGACAAUCUGCAUCAUCAGCUGAAUCGGAUGAUUCAUCAUCACCAUCAUCAUUGUCUGCGUUGAGUUCAAAUGAUGAUGGACUAGAAUUGAAUGGUAUAAAUUUUCGUCUACGUACAGUGGCUGGUGAAACAAGUUCCUUACAAGUUGGAAGUUCAAUACAUUACAAGUUAGAUAUUGGAUUCCCAAAAGGUUCAAGUGAUCUUGUAUUGGAUAUACAGACAUUAGAUUCUCCGUUAAGUGUUAAACGUUCAUCAUUAUCAUUAUAUAAUUUUUCAAUGCCAUAUGAAACUAAUGACAUGCAAUUUAACAUACCAGAACCAAAAUUUAUUCUAUCAAAUAAAACCGCCAAUGUCUAUAAUCGGUUGACAUUGGAUUUUGGUACUAUUAAAAACAAUGGUCAAGAUCGAAAUGAAUUGUCCAUUUGUUUUUCGGUCAUAUUAUUUCGUAAACCACGAAGAGCUAAGAAAAAACAUUCACUUAUUGUUGGUAUGGAACAUACGAAAGGAAGUUUUACAUAUGUAGCUGAAUCGGAAAUCACAACUGUUUCAGUUUUGAAUAAAGAUGAUCAGGUUUUCUGUGAAGUAGACAUUGUUGAAGAACCAACAAAAUCUUUGGAUAGUGCAGCGAUUUUUCGAUUCGAUGCCAAUUUUCAGUUUCGUUCUGAUCCGGUCCGCAUUGAAUUGAAUAAAACAUCUUAUGAAUAUGAACCGGAUAACAGGUUAUCGUUAGGAUUGAUAAGUGUUACCAAGUUUGGAUCGAAUUAUGUAACAAUGCCUAGUUCACCACAUCAUUAUAUUGGUUAUCGAAAUUUAAGUGCAACAAUGCAAUCAUAUACAUUUAGUACACUAAAUAUGAAUACAGUCACCAACAAUGGAGAAAAAUCUCGGUUAUUUAUGAAAAAUCCGGAUAAUGUUAUCAGUUUUAGUUUUCCAGUUUAUGCAAUGAAUUUUGAGGAAAAUAUUGGCAGAAAUAUUUCGUUUCAAUUGGAUAUUUUUAUCACUAAACGUAGCUAUUUUACCCGAAUAUUCAACAUAACUAUUGUCGGUCGAAAUAAUAACGAACGUUUGCAAUCAUUUAUGAUUGGAUCUGCUGCCAAUUUCACACAGCACGAUUUGACCAAAGGCGGUUUGACACAGUUGAAAAUUCUAUCUAAAUUCCGUGAUUUCAAAGAUGAAAAUGUCUUUACCGAUUAUGCUAUCACCAUUGAUGGAAUGGGAACACCACAACUUCCAUUCAUACCUUGUUCAGCUAGAAUAUUGUAUCAAGAAAAUGGUAUCAACAUACCGUAUACUAAUCCAAUAAGUUUGAAACCACAACGUUUAGAAAAAAAUAAAUUUCUUUUUCGUUUUGGACGAAUAAAUUUUAUCCGUCUAGUGAAUCCAUUUUUAUUGGAUGAUAAUGAUUUAGUUGCCGAGAUUACAUUCCGAUUACCGUUUGAUAGUCAUGUCAAACCUGGUGAAUAUUCAAUAAAACCAGAACAUAUUCAAGUGACUAGCGGAUACGAAACAAAACCAUUGAUGAUCAUGAAUAAUCAACUAAACAUCUUGUCUAAUGAAAUUGGCAAUAAUGAAACUUCAUCAUCAUCAUCGAAUAUCGAAUUGUCGACAAAUAGUUCAGUAAAAUGGUCAGAUUUGAUUGUUUUAGGAGGCGCAGCAGUUGAUGUAGAAUUAGAAUUCGAACCGAAUGCUGCUUUUGAAGAUUUUCUUAUAACAAUCAGUUCCGAUAUGGCAACAGCUGCAGAUAGUUUACCUGAUUUGAAAAUCUGUCGAUUUUCUGUCAUACGAGUGGCUGAAACGAUGCCAUGCACUUGUGUGGAACGAGAAACCAUCAAUGAAAAGCAAAUUGUUUAUGGCUAUAAUAAUAGAAAAAUGUCAAAAGAAGAAAACGAAAUAAAUACUCGGCCAUAUGAUCGAGCAAGAAUCGAUUUUGGAUCAAUUUCAGUCGUAAACGGUUCGAAUGUAAGACAGAAAAUUUUGACAAAUUUUGCCAUCAUGAUUGCUGAUUCUGGAGCAAAUAAUGGCGACAGUGAACAACAACAACAGUCACCAAAGCAAUAUCCAAUUCGAGUUGACAUAAUUUCAAAUUCAGCCUCAAACAUCCAAGAUAACAUCAUCAAAUCGGAGCAAAUAAAUUUAAACAUUUCAGAAUUAUUACCCGAAACGAUUGCUGCCGAUAUGUCAAUCGAUUUAGAUGCUGAAUUAUUCAACGAAACUGAUACAUUUAUCCUGCCUGGUUUUUCAACAAACAUUCUCAUUCGUACAUUGACUCGACCGAAUACAAUUGGCCCAUUACGUAUUGAAAUUGGUGGUGAUGAUGAUGAUCCAAAUUCUGCCAUUUCAGUAUGUGGCCUAUGGAUUCAUAGAAUUGGAUAUAAUCUACCCUGUGUUGAAGCAAAUCAAAAAGCUGAAUAUGCAUUUGAAACAUUUGGCAUUAACAAACGAGCCGUACUACAAUUGGAUAUGAUAACUAAUUUUGGUAAUCAUAGGAGAAAAUCUGAACGCGAUGAACGUAAUGAUAAUAGUAUCGAAUUUAUGGCCAUGAUUAGAAUGUUAGACCAGGCUGAGAAUAGUAAUCAAACCAUAAGUAUCAAAGUCAUUUAUGGCCACAAAGACAUUACCGUUACAAAACAAAUAAUAAUACCGGUGGGAUCGAAACCAAAUGCGAAUGAUGAUAUAUCAAUGGAAAUUAGCCGGCGAAAAUUGUCCGAACCUCGUAAAGUGAUACUCAGACCUCAUGGUAACAAUAAAUUGAUUCAUCAUACACGACCAAAGCUUUUCUAUUUUGAUAUUGAACUUGAAAAAAAUCACCAGACUCAAUUGACGAUUGCUAUGGAUCGAUCGAAUUCAUACAAAAUGUGUAAUGCUGCAUUCAUUAAAGUGGGCCGAAAUUAUCCAUGCUAUUCACCAUUGUCAUUGAAUGUUCAACCUAAUCAAUUUGAAUUGGGAAUGAUUUGCCACACUGAUUUGAAUAAUCAACAACAACAAAACCAUAAUGAUUCUGUUGAAAAUGGAAAUAAUAAUGACAAUUUGCUGAGGUUGGCAUUUGCAAUUCGUCCGACAGAAUCGUUUCAUUCAUUACCAUUUAUUGUCUCUGGAACUGUACUGAUUGGUCAUUAUCAACGGCCAUUGGAAACGAAAAAUGAAUUAGCUCUUACAGUAGUCCCUAAUGAAGCAGGAAAUAAUUCCGUUGCUCACCAGCAACAAAUAUCGGACCAUUUUCCCAUUACCGAAGGUGCACGGGUUAUACUAGCCAAAUGGAAUGAUCGUCGUGAAGGUAUUGGUUUCAAAAUUCGACAACGAAAAUGGAUCCCUUUUAGAAUUCGAAUUCCUGUAUAUUCUACUGGAAAACUAUCAGUCACUAUUCGUGGUCAAACAGAUGAGAAUCGUGCUUAUAUUGUACUUUAUGAUCUACGAUUAGUUCAUGGUGGAGCUAAUAUUCCCUGUCCAUUGGAUAAUGAACCACAAAUUCGGUUGAAUUCAACCGUUAAUAUUAAUCAAACAAAUCUGAUCAAUGCGGAGCUUGGCUGGUUUGCCAAUUUUGGUUACACUUAUUAUAUUGACAUCAACAAUAACAAUGACAAUAAUAAUAAUAAUAGUGAAAAAGAUCAAAAUCUUGACAGUGAUAAUAAUAAUGACAUCGGUAACAUGACAAACAGUGCACUCAAUGAUAAUGAUGAUGAUGCCGAUGUUUUAACAAUCGAAGUAUUGGCCGAACUAACCGAUCAUCCUUCAUUGACCGAAAAUGAUGUCUAUCGAUUGGAAUUUGAAGCCCAUUAUGGCAAUUUAACCAAUACGAUUACCACUCGUACGGAGGCAAAAAUUCGAUUGUCCGAAGGUGAAGGACCCAAUCCAAAAUUAGAUGUCAACAUUCGUUAUAAAAAACGAAUGCCUGUUUUGGAUCGAAAUGAAACAUUUACAGUGAUGGCGACCAUUCGACAUUUACCGGAUUCAAAUGCCGAACCAUCUAAUCCAGUAUUGCGUUUGUUUACACCGGAUUUUGUUGAAAUAAGCGGAAUUAAUUGGGCCAAUACAAGACAAUUGCCAAAAUUGAAGCGAUUAGCCGAUGGAUCUACGGAUAUUUUGUUUCCAUGGAUUUUAUUUAAUGAACAAUUUAUUGUCAAUUUUACCAUACAAAUUGAUCCACGUAAUAUACGUGGUUAUGGUCAUAAAGAGCUGUCAAUUAUAACACCAUUUCGUAUGAUGUGUCAACAUUUUCGUGUAUCUAGUGAUACAAAAUUUCCCUGUAGCCAAAUGAAACAUAUGAAUUAUCGAACACAUAGUACUGAAUGCAAUAAUCCAUUGGGAAUGUUAGAUGGCCAUAUACAUGAUGAUCAGAUAACAGCAUCAUCGGCCAUUGCUCAACGUUUUGCUCCAAAAUUUGCACGGCCAAAUUCAUCAUCAUCAUCAUCAUGGUGGUCACCAGCAUGGCGUAAUUGGCGUCAUGGCCAUCCAAAUCAAGCAUUGAAUAAUGGACAAAAUUAUAUUCAGAUAGAUUUUCGACAAAAAACACGUCUAGUAUCAAUAGAAUUCAAAUCAAUCAAAAAUCAACGUAGUAUACAUACAUAUCAUUUGGAUUAUAGUUUUGAUGGCAAAGUUUGGUAUCAAGGAACGAAUACAACAAAAAUCCUCUACAAUAAUGUUGAUGAUCAAAAUAUCAAAGCGAUUGGUGAAUCAAGGUUACAGUGGCCAAUUGAAGCUCGUUUAAUUCGAAUAAUAAUAGAUAGUGUUUCAAGUUCAAAAACAACAAAAACAACGACGACAAUAAUGACGAAGAAACAGAAAAUCGAUUCCAAUUCCAAAGGCAAUAUUCAUAAUCAAUAUCUAGCUGUCAAAUUUGAACUAUAUGGCUGUUAUCUAAAAGAAUUGGAAUCAUCCACUAGGCCAGCAUCGACUGAAUCACUCGAAUUUCAAACUCAUUAUACGGAUGAUACUACAAUAAAGAAUCGCCAUAUAUCCAUUGAUCCAUAUACGAAUAUUAUUUACUUUUGUGAUGCUACUUCAAAUAUCAACCAUUAUUUGUGUUAUUAUUCGGAUUCUGGUGGAAAUGCAUGGCAUAUUGUUGGUAGAUCGAUUGAUUCAUUUGAAGGAUUCGAAUUGGCAACGGGAAAAUUUUUCGCCAUCGAUUAUGAUCGUCCUGCAUAUUUUUAUUCACCCGAUGGUAUAAUAUGGACGCCAAUCGAUUAUCAACGAUUCAAUGAAACAGUGGAACAUCCAAAAUUUCAACGAAAAAUGAUUAUCCCACGUUUUUCUUUGGAUGAUUUGAACAAAAUGAAUGUUCGCAUCGGUAAUUGGCGAGCCAAUUAUCAAGGACUAAACUAUGAAGAUAAUCAAUAUCCGAAAGCAUUAUGGAACAAAUGCUGUGGACUUGAAUAACAAUCAUCAAAACAAAUAUCAAACAUCAAACAUAGAUGAAAAGACAAAAUGUCACAAUAUAUAACGAUUAUGAUGAAAAAACAUAAUAAACAAAAUAAUCCAAUUUUGAAAUAAUGAUAACAUUUUCCCUCUUAUAAUUCACCUGCAAGAAAAAAACACCAAUAUUAUCACCAUCACGAACUUCAAGAAUCAAAUGGGGAAAAGAAAAUUUUCCAAGAAUUCAUCAAUUGUUUUUUCUCGUUUUGUUAGGAAUUUUAGUAACAAAAACAAAAAU